CUGGACAAGAGGAAAGCAAUGACGAAGCCAAGUCUCACCUGUAUGGUCCAGUGGGUAUCCUGUCCUCAUGCCCCUUCUGCCGUAAUAGAGAAGAGCAUCUAAAAAUCAGAAUUGUCAAUAGCUUACAUUAUGCUGUUACCUCAAUUGCAACAUUGCUGAAGUGAUGAAUACGAAGCUUUGGCUUUCUAAAGGCGACACUCUUUUAAUAUGACAGCAUCACCGUUGGACUCGAAUGUAAUGGAAGAUGCAUUCGGGAACCUCUCCUGUUCCAUAGUAAACGGCGGCGAUGUCGACAACAUCAGCGAUGUCGCUACCACCGGCUCGGACGACAUCCUCGGUCCUCGGUACCACAAAAGAGUUCGCAUCGUCAUCAUCAUUGUCAUGAUAGUGGCCUCCGUUGUCGGAAACACUAUCGUCUUCUGGAAGCUCGUCUUCAAGCGUCGCCACAGGCGCGUGUCCAAGGCAAGGGUGUUGUUCCUGAACCUCGCCAUCGCGGAUCUUCUGGUGGCAUGCAUCACUAUGACAUCACAGGUGGUGUGGGAGGUGAUGGGCCGCGUUUGGAUAGCUGGUGACGCUUUCUGCCGCUUCUUCAAAUUUCUGCAGACGUUCGCGCUGGUCUCGUCCACUUACAUGCUAGUGACAAUCGCUGUGGACCGACACAUCGCGAUCGCCACGCCGCUGGCGCCCAGCCCGGACCCAUGGAAGUUGGCUGCUGUGACGUGGCUCGCUUCGUGCAUGCCGUCGUUGCCGAACGUGUACGUGUUCCACAGCGUCGAAGUAGCACCGGGAAAGUGCUUCUGCGCAUCCAUCUUCUACGACCGCGGCACCCCUCUGUACCAUCGCCAGAUCUACAUGGGGUUUGUGUUCUUCAUGGUGUUUGUGGCGCCGCUGUUGCUACUGAUGACAUUCUACACGGGCAUUCUGUGGACUAUUUGGAAGCACAGUUCUAGAAGUGGCAAAAUGGGACAGCAGACAAGCUCAUCACUGCCACGUGCCAAGGUAAAGACGCUCAAAAUGACGGCGGUGGUGUUCGGGGCGUUCCUCGUGACCAACGUACCGUACAUGGUCCAGGAGGUCAUCCUGGCCUUUGGCAAUCCGGGCAUUCUCGACGCCAACGUGGUCGCUCUCUUCGGCGUCAUCUCCGCAUCGAACAGCGCCAUCAACCCCUACAUCUUUCUUUACUUCGAGAAGAGGCAGCGUCGCGGUAGGCGGAGUGCCCUGGGCAGACUGUUAAAGCGACUUCCCUGCCUGGGGAGUCGACUAGGCGGCACCGAAAGGGGCGCCCAACAAACGGUCAUGCUGACGGUGCACUACUCGGGCAGGCACUCGCGCACCAUGACUACGGUGAACUGUGAAUCUUGCACAUGCUCAGAGAAGACCAACUGCUGAUAGCGCGACGCCAAGCCAGCUCGCGGUGUAGUCGUAUAAUGAUGAGCCUUGCUCAAUGCAGUCUCAAACAUCGUAUCGGUUCACUGGUAUUUUUUGAAACAACGCGACCUGCUCAGCGAAUUGCUUUUUAAAGGUAACCGAACGUUAGUAAGCGCUUGCAAAUGUCAGUUCGGGGAGGCGAUGUACCCCCGCCCCCAAAGUUUGCGGAACGCGAAAUUUCCGAGAAAGCUAUAUUCCCGCUUUGUCUGAGAACAUAGCCUCCAAUUAAAUGUUCCAGGUUGUUGUAGUGACUGCAACCUAUACAGCUACC